UCAUAAUAAAUGAGUUUUAAAAAAGGAGAUUUUAGACAUGAUUUUGAAGUUAUUUGUCCUUAUAAUAAAAAACAUUAAAUGCCUUUUAGUAAAUUAUAGUUUCAUAUCUCUAAAGGAUGCAAAGAUAAAAGAGAAAAAGGCAACUAUAUAUAAUUUAACAUAGGUUAUAAAUACGAUACUUGUCCAUACAAUUGUUUUCAUAUUAUUCUUAAAUCAAGAAUGGACAAUCACAUUAAAAAAUGUAGGUUCAAUUAAAUGAGUUUUAAAAAAACAGAAGAAGUUGAUAUAUUUUAAGAAAUGCAACUAAUUGCUGCUUAAUAAUUCAGUAGCAAUCCUUAUUAAAUUUAAUCACAAUAAAAGUUCGAAUAAAAUUAAAAUAUUUAAAAUGAAAUGCCAGAAUGGAGAAAAAUUUUUGAUGAAAGUGAAAUUGAUGCUGAUGAUAUUAGAGAAAUUAAUGAAAUAAGCUAUCAAAAUUAUGAAGAUGAAUUUGAAAAUUCUUUUAAAAUAAACUAAGUUUCUUCUAGUUUCUCUAAAAGCUUUUAGUCUUCUGCAAUAAAAGAUAUAUCGUAUAAUGAAGAUAAUGAUAGUGAUAAUUAUUAUUAUUGA